GUGCGCCGCGCCCGCGCGCCCGGCCCGCCGCAGGCCGCGGGUGGUCGCCCGCGAGGGCGGCGGGCAGCCCCGGAAACAGUCCUCGCCCUCGGCCGCCGGGAGCCGGCGAGCUGUCCUCCGCGGUGCAGAGGUAAUUUUCACUGCUGUCUAGUACUCCACUGUACGAAGAUAACAGUAUAAUCGUGUGCUCCUGUCGAUGGGCAUUUUGCCAUUCCAGUUUGGAGCUAACUAAGAACAAUGCUGUAAGAGUCUUAUCCCUAGCGACUGGUGCCAACGUGGACUGCAGCCUCAGAAUGAUUCCAAACUCCAGGCAGUUCACAGAAUUCUGAACCAUAAGCUGAGCUUACUCCCAGACCUGGAAUGGCCAAAUACCAAGGUGAAGUUCACAGUUUGAAACUGAGUGAUGAUUCAGUCAUAGAAGGAGUAAGUGACCAAGUACUUGUGGCAGUUGUGGUCAGUUUCGCUUUGAUUGCUACCCUGAUAUAUGCACUUUUCAGAAAUGCACAUCAAAAUAUUCAUCCAGAAAACCAAGAGCUAGUAAGGGUGCUUCGGGAACAACUUCAAACAGAACAGGAUGCACCUGCUGCUGCCCGACAGCAGUUCUACACUGACAUGUACUGUCCGAUCUGUUUACAUCAAGCUUCCCUUCCUGUUGAAACAAACUGCGGACAUCUCUUUUGUGGUACCUGCAUUGUUGCAUACUGGCGAUACGGUUCGUGGCUUGGGGCGAUCAGUUGUCCAAUCUGUAGACAAACGGUAACUUUACUGCUAACGGUAUUUGGUGAAAAUGACCAGUCUCAGGAUGCUGUAUCCUUACAUCAAGAUAUUAAUGAUUAUAACCGGAGAUUCUCAGGGCAGCCCAGAUCUAUUAUGGAGAGAAUUAUGGACCUCCCCACCUUACUGAGGCACGCGUUCAGGGAGAUGUUUUCAGUCGGGGGCCUUUUCUGGAUGUUCCGAAUCAGGAUAAUACUUUGUUUAAUGGGAGCUUUUUUCUAUCUUAUAUCACCUCUAGAUUUCGUACCUGAAGCCUUGUUUGGAAUCCUAGGCUUUCUCGAUGAUUUCUUUGUCAUCUUUUUGUUGCUCAUCUACAUCUCUAUUAUGUAUCGAGAAGUAAUAACACAGAGACUAAACAGAUGAAAAAAAUGAGUUUACUAAAAUAUUUGCACUAAUGUGUAAAGUCAAACAAAAGGGCCAUGGCAGUAUAAAGCAUUUGAAUGUUAUCUUACAAGCUUAAAACCACUGUAUGACAGAUGUGAUUAUCAUUUGGCAAAUGCCUAGCAAUAUAUGACUGGGAUUUUUACAUGUCGCAGGUCCCAAUAUUGUUAGAAUUAUAAUGAUUUACAGCUGUAUCUUGAUUCUGUGUUGUCUAUAAAGUUGUGGAAAAAUAUGGAAUUACAUAAAAUGGGAUGCUUCUCUAUCUUCUCCCCCCCCCAAAUUAUUCACAUUAAUUGGAUGUAUAGUAAGAUAUUGUCAAAUAUACAGUUUAUCCAUUUCAUCCUUCUCAGUGAGUACCUACAUGAUACUAUAUUGCUGUGAGACUCACGUAAGUAUUUUGGUUACAAUAAAAUACUGUACAAUAUUGGGGAAAAGUCAGUGUUUCUUUGAGUACUAGCUAAGUUUUGUGCAUUUGGAGCAGUUCUACUUUUCCAUGCUGAUAUAAUUCUUUGUUACCAGCUGAAAGUGAAAGAAGAAAUUUGAACUUCGUUAAUUUGAUUUCAUAUUCUGGUUUAUAGAACACUUCUUAAUCAAUAGAGGAAUUAAUAAGAUGAGACGUUUGUCUGCAGUCAGCACACUUGAUAUUCUCAGUUACAGCAUUUCUAUAAGAGUUUGGUCCUUUUAUAGGAAUAGUAUAUAAAAGUAACUUGUAAAGGGAAAUUUUUCCAGGAACCUGGGUGAUACUGCAGACACACAGCAGUUUGGUACCUUCCUGCGGAAGGUGGUUCUCCAUGGCUGUGUGCAUCAAAGACCUUAGGAGGAGGGUACUAGGAACACUAUUUAAAUUUGACAAGAGAAAUUACUGGUGAGCUAUGGCAAAAGAAUGGACAGAUUUGGUUAGUUUUCUCUUGUCAGAAAACUUUUGGAAUACUGUCCCUAGAUGACAGAAUAUAGCUCAGAGUCAUGAGGCCUUGUGCAGAAUGAGGUGAUUCGGUAGGAAAGGUAUCUUGGUUUAUGGAUGACUGCGUAAGUAUCUAACGCUCUCUUCUGCAGUUCUCUGAGAAGAAUCAAAGCCGCCAGUAUUAUGAAACCUUAACUCCCUCAGCUGCCACUGCCAGGGUGGUCACUGAUCCCCAGGGCUUGGGCAGUGUUGGCUCUGCCCCCUGCAGCCACGGCUCCUCCUCCUGUCCACUCGUGUGUCAGUGAGCCUCACUGUGGACAGGCAGGGCGAAGCGCAGAUCCGUCAGUCUUCCAGGUGAACAGAUGCCAGCAGCUGAUGAGAUGCUGAAUGAUACACCAGGCGUGUCUUGUAAUUUGGGCCUAAGACAAAGCUGCUGCUUGUCAUAGAGAAAACUGGGAUUCUUACAUAUAGCAUCCUGUGAUUAAAGCAGUUUCUUGCAUACUUUUCAUUUUAUCCUCAAGACAGUUAUGUGAAGAAGGCAGGGUAUUUCCUUUCCAUAGAUGAAAUCCCUGACAUAGAUGAAAGGGGUUUUUUUGGUCUGAAGCCAUGCACAAUUAAGUGACUGAACUGGUAUUAGACUCCUAGGACUCCUUCGUUGGGAGAAACUGGGAUCCUUUGAAAGACUUUUGGAACAUAUUGGAGUAGGACAGCUUGGGUGCUCCUAAGAGAAAAGGUCUAGAAAGAUGACAUCAAGACUUCAUGAAUCCUGAUCCUGCAUGUCCAAAUCAAACAUCUCAUAGGGUGGUACACUUCACAGGAACACAUUUCAGCUGCAGUCACUAACUCAAAAAGCUAACGAGUAGGAGCUUGUUACACCACCAUUUACCAGUCUAGAAAUGCAUUUCCUACCAACCACAAAUUUGGUGUGGGGCUAUGGCAAUGUCACUUUUGAAAGGAUUUAACUUUCUGUGCAUGUGUUCUGCUUCAAGUGUCAUACUUAACAGUUACAGUACUUCUAAUAUUUGGAAUUCCUUCUAAGACUUUCCUGGUAGAGGCGUAUAUUGUACCAACUUUUGUAACAUACAGAAACACUGUAUGAAGUCUUACUAAAUGGAAAAGGGAACAUGUUGGCUUUUCAGAAUUUUAGGCUGUUUGUCAUGUCAUCUUUAUUGAUCACUGAUAAUAAAUGUAGACGGAAUCUGAGAGCAUUUAAACCAAAUAGAGUCAAUCAGUGUUUUAAAUUUGUAAACAUCAUAGUAGUACUUCUGUGAUUCAGAGCAUAGAAAUCAAAGCAACAAUUUUGAUUUUUGUAAACAACAAUAUUGUAACUUUCAAAAAACAGAUGCUCUAACCCCAGGAGCAGAUGAUAACUUGGGCAGCUCUGUGGGGAUGGAGACAGAGGAAACAGUUGUUCUCACUGCACACUAGAACAGUGGUUCCAGCUACUGCAGUUCUCAGCAUUGAAAGCAGCACAGGAAGAAAGGACUGUGUUGGUCCCUGUGGCUGUGUAGAUACCUACCUCACAGAGUUGUUUCAGAGGACUGACAGUUUGGUUCAAACUUUGUGAUUUAAGAGUUUGUCAAGCAGUUGCUCUUGAAUAAAAGCAACAUAUCUAAAAUUAAAAA